AUGCUGUCUGUUAUUUUGCUCUACAGUAGCUUUAUGGGCGGCUGCCGAACAAUGCGCCAGUUGAUCAAUCUGUCGUCUUGUGUCAUGCUGGUCGGCGACGCUUCUCUGGACGGCCAUUGUAGUAGUGGUUUCCUGCGUCACCCUGAUUUCUUCCCCACUUAG